AUGGCUGAAGACUCCGACCUUUGGGACAUGAUUUGUGAUGGUCCCUUUGUCCCUAUAAAGGCCGUUGUAGAGGGAACAAAGACUAUUCCAAAGACAAGAAAAGAAUACUAUGACGAGUAUAAUCGCAUCUCGGCAUGUGAAUCUGCCAAGGAAAUCUGUGAAGCUCUUCAAACGGCUCACGAAGGGACUACUCAGGUAAAGCAGUCCAAAAUAGAUAUGCUUACAACUGAGUAUGAACUCUUUAAAAUGAAAGAGGAUGAGUCCAUUCAAGAGAUGCAUACCUGCUUCACCUCCAUAAUCAAUGAGCUUCAUUCACUUGGUGAAAUUAUUCCAACCAACAAGCUGGUCCGGAAGAUACUCAGUGUUCUACCAGGUUCCUUGGAGAGCAAGGUUAAUGCUAUCACUGAAGCCAAGACCUGCAGAAGCUGA